AUGCAGCGACUCCCUCCAUCGCCAAGCUCUGAUCACGAUCAGCAGCGGGGUACCGACCAUGACACGCGUGCCGCUCCGCCCUCCUCCGUCAGCCCAAUCACGCCCCAACCAUCAGCCCUGCGCAUCCGGAAGGAGAAGCGCUUCCAGGUCUCUCGCGCGUGUGCACGCUGCAAACGUCUGCAGAAGGGAUGCAGUCAGAGCAAGCCGUGCCAACGUUGCCUCGCCAUCGGCCUGGGUGAGCAGUGUACCGACCAGCCAACAACGUCAGCAUCGUCAUCACCCUCCAGGACUUCCUUCGCCGACAAUGCCGGCCGUUCCGGGCGGAAUCACUCCGCCGAGAUACCCCCAGCCUUUGGGCGGCGGGGAGAUCUGCUCAUGGACCAACUCAUGCCGCACUGUCUCUUGCGCUUCUUGUCACGCAUGCAGCCGACCGUCCCCGUGCUGACAGCAGAUUAUGUUGAUAAGUUGCAGAGCAGCGCCUCCCAGCCGGCGGAGACUGUACCGUCCGUCGAGGCGUACGGGAUGCUGCAUGCCGUCUGUGCCAUGGUGCUGCUCCAGGUCGACCGCAACGGCCAUCUCCCCUUUGAGUUGCCAGAUGAGGCCACUUCAGCGAUGCACGGCAGUGAGCUGUUCAGGGAGGCCCUCCGGGCUCACCACCACGUUUCGCGCGCCCAGGCUACUCCGACACUGGAGCGCGUCCUUCUGAUAUUCUUCAUCUACGCAUGCCACUCUGCCAUGUCUCAUCACAGCCGGGCCUUUACGUUCCUGAGAGAAGCUACGACUGCGUAUUUGCUCCUCAGCAACAGUAGCAACAGUAGCAACAACAACAACCACAACAACAACAGCUGCGGUCCCGACAGGUCUGUAUCCCCCGUUUACAAGACCGCCUCGGUGGGCGUGCAGGACAGGCUCUUCUGGCUGCUGCUCAUCUCGGAGCGCUCCCACGCCAUCCGCUACCGACGACCUAUCACGCUCUACAUCACCCCGACGUCCCCGCGGCUGCAGGGCCAUCAGCGCCGCCAGGUGCAGCAGGUCACCGCCCCGGGCCGCGUGGCCAUCGAGCCCUUUGAUACCCUCGCCGGCUUCUGGAGCCUUGCUGCGCUAUUUGCACCCCUCAACACGACCUUUGUCGCCCUCCUCCUCGACGAGGAGGGUCCCAACAACGAGCAGCAGCAGCCCGCCUCAACCGAGUCGCCCGCGGGGCUCCUCCUGACCAGCAUCGACAGGCAGCUGAGCGCCGCCGUGCCCGACGACGUGGAAGAGCUCGAAGAGACGCAAAAGUCCAACCUGGUCGUCACGCAGCUCUGGCUGCGCAUCAUCGUGUGGCAUCUGCGUCUCCGGCUGGGCCUCCUCACCAACGACGCGGCGCGCAACCGCCACGACGAGACCGACGAGGGUAACGGCCACGAGCCCGACGCCCGCCCGAGCAUCCGACAGCCUUGCCCCACGACGUACCGAUACCCGCUCGACGCGGUGCGGCAGGCGCGGCCGACGCUGGACGAGCUCGCCACCGACGCGCUGGCCGUGCACGGCGUCGGCAUGACGGAGAAGCUGUACGACGUCGCCUGCUCCAUGGUGGACGUGCUGGCGCUGCCGCUCGUCGGCGGCGACGGCGAAAGUCUGCACGUCUACGAGGAGGAUCUGCGGUUCGUUUGGGGCCUCGUCUCGGACCUGCCGGGCGGGGCUGAGGUCUACGAUGGGCUGUUGAGGACACAUUUGGAGACGGCAUUGCCGCAUUUUGCGGUUUAG